GAGAAUACCCAGCAGUCCUGUGCGCCUCGGCUGUCGGGCGAAUUCCUCGCGGGUCCCUCAGCAGCCGCCAUGGGGAAGGUAAAUGUGGCCAAGCUGCGUUACCUGAGCCGGGAUGACUUCAGGGUUUUGACCGCGGUUGAAAUGGGCAUGAAGAACCAUGAAAUAGUUCCCUGCAGUUUGAUUGCUUCUAUUGCAAGCCUGAAACAUGGUGGCUGUAAUAAAAUUUUAAGAGAAUUAGUGAAACAUAGACUCCUAGCUUGGGAGCAUACCAAAACUGUCCAGGGAUAUCGGUUGACAAACGCAGGCUAUGACUACUUAGCUUUGAAAACACUUUCUUCUAGACAGGUAGUUGAGUCUGUUGGAAACCAGAUGGGUGUUGGCAAAGAAUCAGAUAUUUACAUUGUCGCAAAUGAAGAAGGACAGCAGUUUGCAUUAAAGCUUCACAGACUAGGAAGAACUUCCUUCCGAAAUCUGAAAAAUAAGCGUGAUUACCAUAAGCAUAGGCAUAGUGUUUCUUGGCUUUAUUUGUCUCGUCUCUCUGCCAUGAAGGAAUUUGCUUAUAUGAAGGCAUUACAUGACAGAAAAUUUCCAGUUCCAAAGCCAGUUGAUUACAAUCGCCAUGCAGUGGUCAUGGAGCUCAUAAGUGGCUAUCCUCUAUGUCAGGUGCACCAUGUUGAAGACCCUGCAUCAGUGUAUGACGAAGCGAUGGAGCUCAUUGUCAGACUUGCAAAUCAUGGCUUGAUUCACGGAGAUUUCAAUGAAUUCAAUCUUCUGUUGGAUAAAGAUGACCACAUCACCAUGAUAGAUUUUCCACAGAUGGUGUCAACCUCUCAUCCCAAUGCAGAAUGGUAUUUUGACAGAGAUGUUAAGUGCAUCAGAGAUUUCUUCAUGAGACGUUUUGGCUAUGAAAGUGAGCUUUAUCCAGCUUUUAGCGAUAUCAGGAGGGAGGAUUCUCUUGAUGUUGAGGUUUCUGCCAGUGGUUAUACAAAGGAAAUGCAGGCAGAUGAUGAACUUCUACAUCCAGCAGGUCCUGAUGAUAAAAAUACUGAAAGAGAGGAGGGCUCUGAUUUCUCCUUUUCUGAUGAUGAGGUGUCAGAAAAAGCAAAGGUUUGUAGGUCAGAAAUUGAAAGCGAACAGAAUGCUGUGGAUGGAUCAGGAGGUUGCUGCUGCAGCUCAUCUGGUGACCUGGAGCAAAUAGAAGAAGACGGUUCAUCCAAAGAGAGGGCCCACGCACACAAUUUUGAAAUGACUGAAUUCAGUCGACCUUUAGAAGAAAUAAAAGGGCAGAUGGUUGAAAACAUCUGUACAACUGAGUUUUCUGAGAAGAACAGAACUGAACAUGCCACCAUGCAAGAAGGUCAGACAGGUCAAGGGGGAGUCCCUGCUGGCUCCGAGGAAGAUGAAGAUGACUGUCCUCAUCUCGUGAACCUGUCAUCAUUAAACGAAGAACUCAGGCCUUUCAGAGAUGAAAAUGUGGGAAAUAUUAAUCCAUCUAGAACAAGAACUCUGAGUGUUACUUCUGCAGGCAGUGUUGUAAGCUGUUCAACAAUUCCUCCAGAAUUGGUAAAACAGAAGGUGAAACGACAGUUGACAAAACAGCAAAAGUCAGCUGUCAGACGUCGACUACAGAAAGGAGAAGCAAACAUAUUUACUAAGCAGCGGAGAGAAAACAUGCAAAAUAUUAAAUCAAGUUUGGAAGCAGCCAGCUUUUGGGGAGAAUAAUAUAUAGUUUAAGAUAUUGGAUAUUUCUGUCUUAUAUUUUUUCAAGUUACUGUAAUUAUUUUCAGCACCUUUGGUCUUUUUUUGACCAGCACCAGUACAUAAGUUUGUAAAUAAACCCAUCCUUCUCUGUAAA